GCUGUCACUUCGCCAGAGUCACAGAGCAGGGUUCAUGCCUGCAGCCCCCGCACAGCUGUUCCAUCCUCCCGAGGGCGGCCGGGCCGCCGCACAGCCGGUCCCGUGUGCGCGGGGAAAGUUCCUGGAGCUUCCAGACCCUCAGCGAAUCCACGCCGUCCCGGGCACAACUGCCUUGCCCGGAGCUCUUAAUGUGAAGGGGCCGGCGCGACCCUGGAGCCGCUGACGUGUGGGAGCGGGGAGGGGAGUGACCGGGACGCCGCCUGGGUGUCGUGCCUCCGUCCGGGUCCCUCCGGUCCCCCGUUCCGCUCCGCGAUGGCGCUCCCGGGCCCGCGCCCCGCUGCCAUCCCGGAGGGCGAGGAGGUCCCCCCGGCGGCCUGUAACGGGGAACACCGGGCGCCCUGCGGCCAGGAUGAGAGGGCCGUGUCCAGCCUACAGCGCAGGCACAGCGACGUCAGGGUCUACAAGGAGUUUUGUGACUUCUACAUCAAAUUCAACAUGGCCAACGCCCUGGCCAACGCCAGCUGUGAGCGCUGCCGGGGCGGCUUCGCGCCCGCCGAGAAGAUCGUCAACAGCAACGGCGAGCUGUACCACGAGCAGUGCUUCGUGUGUGCCCAAUGCUUCCAGCAGUUCCCCGAGGGCCUCUUCUACGAGUUUGAAGGAAGGAAGUACUGUGAACAUGACUUUCAGAUGCUCUUUGCUCCGUGCUGUCACCAGUGUGGGGAAUUCAUCAUCGGCCGAGUGAUCAAAGCCAUGAACAACAGCUGGCACCCCGAGUGUUUCCGCUGUGACCUCUGCCAGGGGGUCCUGGCAGACAUCGGGUUUGUCAAGAGCGCCGGGAGACAUCUGUGUCGCCCCUGCCAUAACCGAGAGAAAGCCCGAGGCCUUGGGAAAUACAUCUGCCAGAAGUGUCAUGCCAUCAUUGACGAGCAGCCUCUGAUAUUCAAGAACGACCCCUACCAUCCAGACCACUUCAACUGUGCCAACUGCGGGAAGGAGCUGACCGCCGACGCCCGGGAGCUGAAGGGGGAGCUGUACUGCUUGCCGUGCCACGACAAGAUGGGGGUCCCCAUCUGUGGCGCCUGCCGCCGGCCCAUCGAAGGGCGCGUGGUGAACGCCAUGGGCAAGCAGUGGCACGUGGAGCAUUUUGUUUGUGCCAAGUGUGAGAAACCGUUUCUCGGACAUCGCCAUUACGAGAGGAAGGGCCUGGCGUACUGUGAAACCCACUACAACCAGCUAUUUGGUGAUGUUUGUUUCCACUGCAACCGUGUUAUAGAAGGUGAUGUGGUCUCCGCGCUCAACAAGGCCUGGUGCGUGCACUGCUUCGCCUGUUCCACCUGCAGCGCCAAGUUAACGCUCAAGAAUAAGUUUGUGGAGUUUGACAUGAAGCCAGUCUGUAAGAAGUGCUAUGAGAAAUUUCCAUUGGAGCUGAAAAAAAGACUUAAGAAGCUAGCUGAGACCUUAGGAAGGAAAUAACUUCAUUUUAUUUUUUCUCUUCUAUGCAAAGAUAAGAGAUUACAACAUUGCUUGACCUGAUACACCCUUACUUAAAGCUGCAUCGCAAAAUAGUUGAGAGUGAAGAGGACCUAUUGAGUGGUUUUCUUCAUCUCCUUUUUCUCAUUAAAAAAAGUUGUGUAAUCAUAUUUAAAACAUGGAUGAGAUCAAAAUUUGCCUUUGUUAGUAACCCUUAUCAAUUUGAAAUGUCAACUGUACUUAAUAGCAAAAGAAACAUGGUUAAAUGUUAAAUUUUAAUUGAGGUCCAAAAAGUUAAAUAUAACUUUUAAAAAUGAAAGUAAGGAGUCAGCUUUUACAUGACUCAGAUAAAAAAUAUACACACUAUUUAACUUUGUACUCAAAAGCAAAUUAAUUGCAACUGCAGUUUGGGAGGAUAUAAGAAAGAAAAACAACCAAUCAAGAAAAACAGACCUUACAGAAUCUUAGUACAUUUAUCAAACUAGUGGCUGUAAAAUGAAUAUACACAUUACUAAGAUAAGAAACAAGUAUAUUCAGAACUACUUGAUUUGGGGAUUUUUGUUGUUAUGGUUAAGUGCCAUAAUUCCUAUGCUUAGUUUUAUAUUUUAUUCUCCUUGUGAACGUCUUCAUACAAUAAUUACUUAACAUAGUAGUUAGUUAGCUGAUAGUAUUCCUUUCUAAAUUUUUGCCAAAAAAUUUAUACUAGGUAUUUGAAAAUACAGUAUACUUUACAAUAUUGGGAAAAUGAAGUAUUUUUUAAUGUAUUACAGCAAUUAUGCUUCUAAGGUUAAGGUCAAAGAUGUAGUCUUAGAAUAGGACAUGAAAUUAAAUGUUAUGUAGUUUGGAAUGUAUCACUUAAAAAAAAAGUGAAUGUAUAUGUAUUGCUCAUGUUGCCUUUAUAACCAUGCUAAUAUCUAUGCUUUAUACAUAAAUGAACUUGCCUUGCCUUAGAAAAAUACAUACAUUAAUCAGGAAUUCUAGCUGUUUCAGACCUUACGAACUAAAAACAAGUGCAUUGACUGAGAUUUGUAAACUCAAAUUCAUUUACCACAGCUAUGAUUAUAUGUUAAAAUUUUUUUCACUUUUUGGGGAAACACAUUGAAAUUAAUUUCUGUAAUCUUACUAGAAGAGAAUGAUGUUGAUGUGUGUUUCAAAUUUUUCAUUACAAAUCUCAUAAUUAGAUUUUAUUUACUAUAAGUAGGAGGUAUAAAUGACACUUUUAAAUUGGAAGAGGAAUGUUCAAGUAUCAAUUUUAGGUCAAAAGUAGUGAAUUAUUUUACUUUGUAAAAAGUUUUAUCCUGAAGUUUCUGGACCAGUCUUUCCUGAUAAACUUGUAUGCAAAGCAAAUUUUCUGAACAUUUUUUAAAUGUUGCUGCUGCUAUGUUAUCACGUAAAAGAAAGUUGCCAAGAUGGACUUAGGGGAAAAUUAUUGGUUUUUCCAAAAAUUGCUGAAAUAUUGUUUUACCAUUAAAAAAAAAUCUCAGGAUGCUACCAGUCUGCCAUUAAAAUAUUUGUAUGCAUGUAUUUUUUAAACAUUUGUGCAUGCACUUUACAGAGUAAACUGUAUGUCAGUCUUCAGUUAAUUUAUAACCAAUUGCUUUAUUUUUUAGUGUUCUUUUAGAGUUCAAAGAAUUAUCAGUGAUUGAAGAUAAUCAAUAUAUAGUUUAAGACUGUGCUUAGAAGUCUGAAACUGUCUUUGCAUUUGACAGCAAGAAUCAAAAUCCCUUCAGCGUGCCUUUGUUAGCUAAUAUAUGACCAGCAACAAAAAUCUUCAAAGUAUUUAUUAAAUACUGUACUGUGGAUACAGGCAGAAUAGUGCAGGGUUUUCAGUCUGGGGUCUUGAGGCUAAAUUCCUAAAUGCUCUCACACCGGAAAUUCGGAGCAGAGGCGCCCAUUUGCCUGUGUUCCUAAUCACUGGGAAGAGGCAUGGGCUCAACUGCUGCCAGGUUUACGUCUCUCCUGCAGCCAGAGGCCCCACUGCUCACCCCUAUCAUAAAAUACGAGUUCGUAUUUUCUGCAAGUCUGCCCCGUUGAGCCUCCAAGGCUGUGGGGUGUUUUAUCCAGACACACACCUCCUCCGCUUUAGGGGACACAGAGCCCUCACUCGUGGGGGGAGGAAGGGCCGAACAGUUGUCAGUGGACGAGAGGACGGAAUUGCUUACUUUACGGUGUUUUGCACGGCUUCCUCUGGCCGGAGAGAAACUCAGGCUAGUGAGCAAAUCUUGGCUUAAAAUCCUACAAGGCAGUUUGAAAUAAUUCACUGUUUACCACUUCUAGGUGGUCUUUUUCUUAUCAAGCCUAAGAUAAUUGGGAAAACGUUUGGGUACAAGUCAAACGUUCUUUGGAUCAUGUUCAAAGCCUUAUUAACAUUGUAACUGAUGGUAGAUCAUUUUGCCUCAUUUAUUUGCCAAAAUAGCAAUUUCUAACUUAAGGAAAUUUUGAGGUCAGCUUACAGCAUUGUUAUUGUAUUUCAUUUUAGAUUGUAAGCUCAGUGGCAGGGACACUAUGUCAAUAAUUGUGUUUUUACAUAGCAACCCGUGCAGUAUACUCUUGGUGCUUAAUAAAUGUUCAUAAUUGUUAAAAAUA